AUGGAGCAUGAAAGCUUCGAGUCACAAGAGAUCGCCGACUUUCUGAACGAGCACUUCGUCUGCAUCAAAGUCGACCGCGAAGAACGCCCUGACCUCGAUCAAAUUUAUAUGAACGCCGUGCAGCUACUCACCGGGCAAGGAGGCUGGCCGAUGUCGGUGUUCCUGACGCCUGAGUUGAUGCCGUUCUUUGGCGGAACCUACUGGCCGCCAACUGCCAUGCGCGGCAUGCCGGGGUUCGAUCAAGUGUUGAAGGCAGUAAUCGAUGCCUGGCAAAACAAACGGGACAUGAUGGAGCAAUCGUUCGAUCCGCAACAUGGCGGCUUUGGUUCUGCUCCCAAAUUUCCACACACGAUGAAUGUCGAUCUUCUGCUGCGGCAGUUCGUUGAUACGCAGGAAGAGAAACUUCUCACGAUGGUGACGACGACCCUCGACAAAAUGGCGAUGGGUGGCAUCUACGAUCACCUCGGUGGCGGGUUCGCUCGGUACAGUGUCGAUACCUAUUGGCUAGUUCCUCACUUCGAGAAAAUGUUGUACGACAAUGCUCUGCUCGUCAGCAACUACGUCGACGCAUACCGCCUGACCGGCGAUGCCAACUAUGCACGGGAAGAAGGCAAGUUCUAUGUUUGGACGCCCCAUGAAGUCGACGAGCUACUAGGUGACACAAUGGUCGCGGAACGCUUUCGUCGCGUUUACGACAUCACCGAGUCAGGCAACUUCGAAGGAAACAAUAUUCCUCGUUUGAAGAAACCAUUUGCCGAGUAUGCUCGCGACUUUCAGACGACCGAGGAUGAACUGCGAGACGAAAUGAACAAAGCUCGCGAAGUCCUCUUCAACGCACGUUGCCGUCGCAUUCGUCCGGGGAAAGACGACAAAAUUCUCGCGAGUUGGAACGGCCUGAUGAUCGAGGCGUUCGCCAAAGCAGGAGCUGCAUUUGCAGAACCUCGUUACAUCGAAGCCGCCAAACAG